AUGACGACUUUCUUCUCGGCCAGCCAAGAUGCGCCCGAUUUCACCAACAACGUGCUCGUUCUGCCGACCCUGUCGGUGGGGAAAGUGGGCGGCCUGACGGUCGAUCUGCUGGCCGCCACCUAUGGGCUCCCGCGCGUGGGCUGGCUCGAGGACGAGAACGUGCUGCCCGUGGCCAGCAACGACACCCUCACGCUCCUUCCGCGACCCGACGGCGCCCUCUCCACCAACCUCGAAGUGUUCCAAGACGUGGCGAACAAAGUGACCUACGUCCAGCAGCGCGCCCCUGUGAUCCGAAACCGAAACGCGGCGUUUGUACAGAACCUGUUCCAGUGGAUCAAGGAGGCCAGGUUCAGGGAAGUGGUGCUGCUCAGCAGCGUGGAUUCGGCUCGUCGCAUCGCCGAGGCGCAAUUCUACGACCGGCACGCCAUCACCUGCCGAUAUGUGGUGGGCGGCGGCGCCGAGCCCAAGAGCAGCCGAUUCAAGUGGCCGCUGCUGGAGGAGGGCAGCUUCGAUUCGGCCUUCAAGAACACGAGCUUCACCCACCUUGCGUUCGACGCUUGCAAGAGGGACGGGCUGGCCGCGACGAUCUUGACUAUCUUCUGCGCCGACGGCGUCAACAUCCCUCACGCCUUCGCCAUGGCCGACGCCGCGUUCCACUACCUCGACCUGAGCCACCCCCAGACCGCCGCAGCUCCAGCAUCGGAGGACGAGAAGGCGAAGCCGCCGCGCUGGCGUCCGCCCACGUCGUGGCACCAUCUGUUCGAAAUGGCCUCCUCCUUCGAUGCCACCCUCUUUGGUUGA